AUAAGUUAAACUUAUUCCUAAUAGGAAACAACAUUUGGACGAAACCCGGCCCAUUUCUGGCAUAGCCGGCAGUCCCUCCCUUCCUUUCUACAACUACAAGUAGUAAACUGUAUAAUCGGUAUCGCAUCGAAUCGAUUGGAUUGGAUUGGAUUAGUGUGUCCCUGCCUCUCUGGAAUGGAUAGAUCAGGUCAUCGAUCGAUGGGCAGCAGCUCCGGCUCCGACCGGCUACGCGACCUCCAGGCCUUCGACGACACAAAGGCCGGCGUGAAGGGCCUCGUCGAUGCCGGCGUCACAACCAUCCCCGCCAUCUUCCACCACCACCCGCUGCUACUGGACGAUGCGGAGGAGGAUGCGGAUGUUAUCCCGGUGAUCGAUCUGCAGGCGGACGUUGACCGAGGCCAUCUGGUUGGUCAGGUGAGGGCGGCCGCCCAGUGUGUGGGGUUCUUCCAGGUGGUGAACCACGGCAUCCCCGGCGAGCUCCUGGAGGAGAUGCUGGCGGCGGUGCGGCGGUUCAACGAGCAGCCGGCGGAGGGCAAGAAAGCCUGGUACAGCAGGGACAGCGGGCGGAGGGUGAAGUUCAACUCCAAUUUCGACCUGUUCCAGUCGCCGGCCGCCAACUGGCGUGACACGCUGUUGCUGGAGCUGACGCCACGGCCGGGGCCGGCAGCGGAGGAGAUCCCACCGGCGUGCAGGGGCGUGGUGGGGGAGUACGUGGAGGCGGUGCAGAGGCUGGGCGGGGCGCUGUUGGAGCUGCUGUCGGAGGCGCUGGGGCUCCCGCCGGAGUACCUCGGCGGCCUCGGUGGGGGGCUGGCUACCAUGGCAGCGCACUACUACCCGCCAUGCCCGGAGCCGCACCUGACGCUGGGCACCACACGCCACUCCGACCCCAGCUUCCUGACAGUGCUGCUGCAGGAGAGCAAGGGCCUGCAGGUGCUCAUGAGGCAGCGCCAGCGGUGGGUGGACGUCCCUCCGGUGGCCGGCGCUCUGGUGGUCAACAUCGGCGACCUCCUCCAGCUAGUGUCCAACGACCUCUUCCGAAGCGUGGAGCACCGGGUGUUGGCAACCACCGCCGCCGCGGAGCCUCGCCUCUCCGUCGCCUGCUUCUUCCGUCCCGACUACGCCUGCACCAGGGUGUACGCCCCCGUCACCACCACGCCGCCGCCACCGCUCUACAGGAGCACCACCAUGCCGGAGUUCCUCUCGCAUUACAGAGCCAAAGGCCUCGACGGCCGAUCCGCGCUCCACCACUUCAGGAUCCCUCCUCCUUCAUCUCCACCACAUUAAUUUUUUUUCUUAAUUUCUUACAGAUAUGCUCCGUACCUUCGGACUCGUACUACUUUAAUUAAUUACAGUAUAUAUGUAUGUACGUAUAUAUAUAUUCACAUGAUGCAUUCAUCAUAUAUCAUCCAUCGGGACUA